AUGGUUAUAGAGAUAUAUGGUUUGGUUCAUAAAGAAAGUUUUCAGAAGGCAAGCCUCUUGGCCUCUGAUCUUCAUGAAUCACACCAUGAAAUAUUUGAACAGCCUAGAAUAUGUGGAAUGUUUGAGUUUGAAUGGGCGGACUUCAUAAGGACAACAAAGAAAAAACUUGGCGGAGCAUACUGGAUCUAUAAUCAUGAUGUUUUGGUCAUAAUAGAUGGAGUUCCACUAGGUUCGGAAGAGGAUCUAGCGAAUUGGGCUGAAAGGGAAUUCAACAUUACUGACUAUCGUCCUAUGACAUUAUACAGCGCAUUGGCAGUUGAUGCCUAUAAAAAAAGACUACUUCGUUUUAAUAGAAUAUAUAUUUCCAUGCAUAUAUCAAUCGAUGGGGAGAAGAGUGGCAUUUUACUACUUGAGAAAUGGAUGGAUUCAAGGUGGAGGUACAAUAGCUAUGCAACCUACUUUGCUUUAGAUAUUUUGUACAACAGAGGAAAUGAUGGUCGUUCAAUCUAUGGUCCAGUAUUUGAAGAUGAAAAUUAUAUCAUCAAGCAUGAUCGACGCGGAAUUCUAAGUAUGGCUAAUUCUGGACGUCACACAAAUGGUUCACAGUUCCUCAUUACACUGGCACCAGCUGAAUGGAUGGAUAACCGCUACGUAGCAUUUGGGCGUGUAAUUGAAGGAAGUUUAACUCUGGAUAAAAUGGAAGAGGUCCAGACUCAUUACGAACGUCCAGUGAAAGAUAUAUGUAUUGAAAAUAUCAGCGUUGUUAAUCCCAACGAAUUAGCGACUAAAAUUGCCUAG